AUGCCUUCCGUCGAAGCCAUCUCCUCCGCUCCCGGCGCCUGCGGUGCUCGGAACGCCGCCAAGGCCCACCCUCUCGACCCGCUGACGGUCGGGGAAAUUCAACUCGUUUCGGCUGCGUUCAAGAAUGAGAUGUUCCAACGAGGGGUCCUAAGUGUCAAAUCAUGCCAUGUUGACCUCGUAGAGCGUAAGUAAUCCCGUCCUUGUGCUCGGACGUUUGAUGAGGGCACGUCACCCUGGUCCGAACUAUGUCGUGGUGACAAGCAGAAGCCCGCGCCUUGGUUAUCGGGGGACCGAGACGAGAUUGUCUCGCUGUGUCACUUCCGCACGAAGGCCAUUCCGCUGACUUUGCCCUCGUCUUUCCCAACCUAGCGCCUAAACUUGAGGUGAUCGCCUACCUCGGCAUCUCCACCUCGCCAACGGAUGUCUCACCCGUCUCUUCAGGAGUCAUGCCCAAGCGACGAGCCGAAGCCGCUUUGAUCGACACCCUCACGGGCGACGUCUACGUCCUGACAGCGGAGAUCGUCGCAGGCACCAAAGCCAUCGUCGAAAAAGUGGAGAAACUUCCCGAAGGCGUUCAGCCCGCCAUCACGAACGAGGAGAUGACCCAGAGUGAGGAAGUCGUCAGGAAUGACCCUGAGGUUAUCCGUCUGUGCGCCGAAGUCGGUGAGUUUCCUCGAGGCUCGAGCUUUUCUUCCCAAGACUCCUGUGGUGGCUGAACGAUCGUCAUUUCUUGGUGUUGGUGAUGGAUCAGGUGUCAAAAAAGAGCAAAUCAUGUGCGACUGCUGGUCGAUCGGCUACGAACACCGAUUCGGUAAAGGGGUCAGGCUGCAGCAAGCUUUCGUCUAUGCUCGUCUUGGAGCCGAUGAGCACCUCUACGCCCACCCACUCGACUUCAACUGCGUCGUCGAUACCAAUGCUGAAAAGAUCCUCAAAAUUGGUGAAUUGAUUGGACGUGUUUCCACCAUCGUCUCGAUUCACGAGCUGACGUGAGACCUCUGGCCCAUCGCAGAUUUUGCACCCCACCGUACCUCAGCAACGGCUCCUGACGCUCUGUCUGGCACGACAGCGCCGCACACGGUUGAAGGCGACUCGUUCAAGGAUUCGGGCCGAGAUCGCAUCCCCCCACCUUUGGAGCGCCAUGAUUACCUUCCCGAUCUGAUCCGCGAAAAGGCCCAGAGCGAAGGACGCGAUUGGGACGUGCGCCAGGACUUGAAGCCGCUCCAUGUUCAGCAACCAGAGGGCGUGUCAUUCGAAAUGAAGGGCAAUCGUAUCAAGUGGCAGAAUUGGGAUAUGCACAUUGGCUUCAACGUGAGUCUAUGGCGAUGUGAGACGUGGUACCGGGCGGCCUUCGAUAUAAAAAGCUCACCCCCUUGCUGCGCACCAGUACCGAGAAGGAAUCGUGCUCAAUCACGUCCAGCACUUUGACCGCGAAGAAGGUCGCUACCGCCCCAUCAUGUACCGCGCUUCGUUUGCCGAGAUGGUCGUCCCUUACGCCGCACCCGAAUGGCCCCACCCACGCAAGUUUGCUUUCGACGUUGGAGAAUACGGUAUUGGCAUGAUGGCCAACAGUCUUACCCUUGGGUGCGAUUGUCUUGGCUCGAUUCAUUGUGAGCGCAUGAAAUUACUGAAUUUCGGUGAGGCUUUCGCAACCAAGGUGCUGAUUUCUCUUUUUAAUUCGGCCUGACAGACCUCGACGCCGUCAUGAGUGGUCACGAUGGACAACCGAUCAAGCUCGACCGUGCCGUCUGCAUCCACGAAGAGGACGACGGCCUUCUCUGGAAGCACACCGACUUCCGACCCGGAGGACGAGCGCAUUCUGUCCGCUCGCGCAAGCUCAUCAUCCAAAUGAUUUGCACCGUCGCCAACUACGAAUACCUCUUUGCUUGGGGCUUCAAACAAGACGGCACGAUGGAGUUGGAGAUCAAGCUCACGGGCAUCCUCAACACCUACUUGCUCGCUCAGGGUGAACAUGCCGAAGCGUUUGGGACACAAGUCGCUCCCCGGAUUGUUGCUCAUCACCACCAACACAUCUUUUGUUUGCGCCUCGACCCUAUGAUCGAUGGACUCAACAACUCCGUCGUCGAGACGGAGAUCCAUCCUCUCGAAGCACCUACGGGUUCGGAUGAGAAUUGGGCUGGUAACGGCUUCGAAGCGAGGAAGCGGGUUCUGCAAACCACCAAGGAGGGAGCUCGACUCGCGGAUGCACCUUCCUCGCGCAUGUGGUCCUUCGUCAACCAGGACAAGAAGCAUUACUCGACUGGUACCGCCGCAGGAUACAAGUUGAUGUGCAAGGACUUUCCCCCUCUCCUCGCAAAGGAAGAUUCCCUUGUCGCUCGUCGCGCGACCUUUGCGAAGAAGAACCUCUGGGUGACCCCUUUUGUCGACGGACAAUUCUUCCCGGCUGGAAAGUACCCGACGCAAUCGUUCAAGGCGCCCGAGGAUUCGUUGGAGUUUUGGAUCAAGGAUGAUAAGCCGAUCGUGCAGAAGGACAUUGUUACUUGGGUUUCGUUCGGCGUCACGCAUUUGCCGAGGGCGGAAGAUUUCCCAGUUAGUAAGUCGAGUUACACCUCUUCCCAUGACCUUUGCUGCCGCAGGUUUCAUCGGACUGACCACAUCAUGUUGCAAUCCAAUAGUGCCCGCCGAACACGUGCUCCUCCAACUCAAGCCCGUCAACUUUUUCCGCGCCAACCCUAGUCUCGACACUCCCGCUUCGUCCGAUGCGAGGUCUGUCAUGGCUUUGCCGCCGAACGCAGGGAAUGAGUGUUGCCAUUGA